CCGAAUUGAAUUAUUUUUGAACCCAGCAUGGGUUUGAUGUCUACGUGUACGCACCCGAGUGGCGUAACUUCCUUUCUACUCCGCUGCUUCAACAUGGCGCCGCUGAAGCAGAAGAAGCAGACCAUGGUCAAGAGAGCCAAGAAGGGUGUUUCUUGGAAGUUCACACUGGACCUUACCCACCCUGUGGAAGAUGGUAUCCUGGACUCUGCCAACUUUGAGACUUUUCUCAAAGAGCGGGUCAAGGUCUGUGGCAAGACGGGAAAUCUGGCGAAUGUAGUCGAGAUUGCACGCCUGAAGAACAAGAUCAACGUCACCUCAAAUAAGCAGUUCUCUAAGAGGUACUUGAAGUACCUGACCAAGAAGUACCUCAAGAAGAAUAACCUCCGCGAUUGGUUGAGGGUCGUGGCUUCUGACAAGGAGACCUAUGAGCUAAGAUACUUCCAGAUCAGCCAGGAGGAGGAGGAGGAGUCGGACAACGACGAGUAGAGCCAAGCUCCGGCUUCUCCAAGCGUGUCGGACUGGAGGCUGGCCUCUACAACGCCUUUGUCAUUAAUUGGAGUCUUCAUAGGAUAAUAAAUGGCAUAAACCAAC